UCGGAGGUGAACAUCUGAGGGCGAGUGAACAAUUUUCACAGACCGAGAGACAUUAAAUUUUAUAACCAUUUUUGUAAGUCUUUUUUGUAGUCUGAUCUGACUAGCUCAUCGGUUGUACCGAGAUGCAGUAGAAUAGUGCAGCGUUGCGAUUCGGAAGAGGUGUUGAAUGGAAGCUAGGACGGACGGUGCCGUCACGAAGCGAAGCGCUGGCGAUCAAAAUUUGCUCUCGCCCUCCCGAUGAUCGCACAGCGUGAGUAAACGCGGUGACAGCGUGGUGAAGAGCGGUAUUGUGGUGUAUUUUGAAAAGUGCUCCCUCCUCAUAUUUGCGCGAACUCGUUCGACUGAACCAGUUGAGAUUCGAACGUCGUACCGAUUGGAUGUGUUACUUUUACGCGACCGCUGAAAAGAGGGUGUGAAGGUAAAACGUAUGUGCAGUGUAGAGAAAUUGCUAUUGCAAAUUUGUUUGUGUUAAUUUGUUUGUACUGACAAGGCGUAGUGAAAUUGUAGGAUUUAUUACGAAAUAUUCUGCCAUACCGGAUAGGAUCACAAUCUUCGAAGAAAUCGUUGGUUGGUGAAAAGCUACCAAAAAGGGCAACAUCUGUGCAAAGUGUCUGAGAUCAACAAGUUGAUCCUGAGUGGCAGUCCCUACAUUGGUCCCUACACACGUCGAGUGAUUUAAAGUAAACGUGAUUUUCGUGGAAUACUGUUGCGGCUUUUUAUUAUUAUCGGCGUGCCGCAAAAGAUCGAAGGACGAUCCGAGUUCAGCGUCCAGUUACAGUCUACAGGCGCACCGAAGAAGGUGUCCACACCGUACCAUGUUACAAACGAGAAUGAAUCCCUACCAUGUGAUGACAGCGGCGCUGCUGGUGACGCUGGGUGUGAUACUGCAACUGAGUUCGACCGAAGCAUGCAGUUGUUUGCCGGAGCAUGCACAGACGGCCUACUGCGAUGCCGAGUACGUCAUCGUGGCCCAGGUACUUAGGAAAUCCAACCGAAAACAUAACGACAAUAACGUUUACAAGAUAGCCAUCAAAAAGGAAUACAAGAUGACGCCACGCGCACAAAAGCUACUGAAGCAGGGAAAGCUCAUUACACCGCCGUCGGAUUCCAUGUGCGGCAUACGGCUUGAGCCGAAUCAGCUUUACGCGAUUGCCGCCAGGGACAUCCACGUUGGACUGUGCAGCUUUGUACGCAAGUAUAGCGAUCUGACGAUUGUGGAGAAGCGUGGACUGGCCGGUAUCUACCGUAAAGGAUGCCCGUGUGAGAUCAAGCCUUGCUAUCACGGAAGCUGUAAUGUAACGAUCGGAGCCUGCAAUUGGACACCGUGGGCUUCCUGUGAAUCGGACUUUGGAUCGUGCAUCCCUACACGAGGAUAUCUGAUUGAUGGAUCACCGGCUAAAUGCCACUGGCGUCGGUCACCACUGUAUCAAAAGUGUAAGGUGAACUCUCGAGAAUGAUCGUGAGCGGGCGGCUGUCUUGUUUUUAGUUGACGUGUUUUUUUUUCUCAGUGCUGUAAUUAAUUCAUUAUGUGUAUUCACUCCUCCGUUUACCCAUCAAAACCUACUUCGGGUACCGAAUUCUCUUCUGUAAAUUUACUAUUUUAUAAAUUUUAAUAAUACUAUUUAUUAGCGAGAAGCAUAUACUAUUUAUUUUACACACGAGUAGGACAAAUAUACUGAAUAUUUUCCUAUAAAUCAUGGUAAUAUUUAUUUGUAUUUUUGUCAAGCGAUGAUGCUCUUUUGUACUUGAAGAAAAUUAUUUUAGUACAAAUAAUUAUAUGACUAGGUUAAGCAAAAGUUGUGGAGGAAAAAUGUUUUAAUCUCCCUAAUGAAUCGACUAUCUGUUAAGGCAGCUUAACGAGCCAUAAUAAAAAUGUUGAUGGAAAUUGA